UAGCCUAAAAUGUAUUAAAAUAAUCAUAGUUUCAAAUAAUUAACAAAUGUAGGCACAUUUAAAUUAAUUACACUACUGCAUUUUUACGAUUUCUCGAGGUUUGAAAUUAAUAUACCUAAAUAUUUAUGGUUUGAUUCAUUAUUUUGAUUAAUCAGUUAUUGCUGCCAUUAAUGUAUUUUUUUAAUUACCAGGUCCAUUUUGAAGAGAACCAAUUUGAAAGAAAAAGGAUAGAUGGCUGGAUUAAAUUAAAAUGGAACGCCAUUCCCACAAUUUUUAAUAUUUCAAAUCCACCAAAGAGUGUGAUGGCAAAAAGAAAAUCCAAAUACAAGAUACUUGAUCCUCCUUUGAAUGUCCGAUCAAAUGAAAUUGAAAAUACAACUGGUGCAAGUAUGCAGUCAUUACAGUCUAUACCCGAUGAUACUACAUUGAGUGUUGGACCAAAUGAAAUUGAAAAUACAACUGAUAAAAAUAUGCAGUCAUUGCAGUCUUCAUUACAAAUGGAAAAUGAAAUGUUGAGAAAGGAAAACGACCAUUUAAAAAGAGCAAAUGAGCAGUUGGUUAAAUAUCUAGAACAAACUAAUGAAAAUUUUAAACAACUAGAGGAUCGAUCAAAGUUGUUAGAAAAGUUUCUGAAUAAAGACCAAAUUAUGGCGUUGUCAACUAACAAAUUACAUGAAUGGUCUAAAGAAACUACAUAUUGUCAAAUCACUAAAGCUAAGAUUCAGUCUUAGCAGAGAAGGAACAACACCAUCUGCUCUUGCAUGUUUAAGAGCUCUAAAAAUAAUAUCAAUUUCACAAUUUGUUUCUGAUGUGAAAAAAUUUUCAUACUGUUCUGACACUGACGUUUUCCUCAUUGACUAUUUUUAAAAGAAGAAAAUCCAUGUAGAAAAAGUUAAUUCUCAUGUUCCUGUUAAUAAUACAAAUGCUUAAAUUGAUCUAUCUAUGCUUUUAUAGAUACUUAUAGCUUAGAUAGCUUUAAAAAAUUAAAUAUGCAGGAUCAAAAUAUAUAAUUUUUACAGGGGCCCCCCUAAAAUAUGCAAUGAUAUAAAAAUAACCUUCCCCUCUUGAUGUAACAUUAAAGGCUUCAUUGUUAGUUAUUUCUAAACGUAUAUUAAUAUUACAAAACAAUAAACUAUA